CAGGCGGGAGCCCGGCCCCGGCCCCUCCGGGUCCCGGGGGAGGAGGCAGCGGGCGGCGAGGCGGCUCCCGGGCUGCAGCCCGCUGCCGGAGGUGAGGGCACCUGCCGCUGCCGCUGCCGCGGCGCCCGACCCGGGUUUCAGGCAUGAAACUCGGAAUCAAGAAGUUGUCUCAAAGUUUGCGGCGGGAGGAGCCCGGGCCCGGCCCCCCGGUGGCUGCGGCGGGGGCAGAGGCAGAGGCAGGCGCGGGCCGCCGGGGUUUUUAACAGCGGAGGAGGGGGCGGCGCGGAGCGGGGCUCCCUGCUUACAUAAGGCGCCUCGUCCCCCGUCACACGCGUGAUUUCCUCGCUGCCCACCCCGCGCGCUGCCGGCAGUGAAAUAGGAGCACGCCCGCCCCCCGCAGCGCGGCGCCUCUCCCCGGCCAUGGGCGCCCCGCGGGCUGCGCGGCUGCUGGCGCUGCUGGGGCUCCUGGUGCUGUCGGCGGGGUCCCGCGCGGAGACCAGCGACUCCAUGGAUGUAAAGGACCGGCAGAGCCUCCUCGACCUGAUCAUGGAGAUCAUCCAGGAGCUGAAGAGCUACCAGCUGCAGGGGGAGAGCGGGCAGCAGCGCUUCCCCAAGCACGACUACGGCUUGGACCGCAGGGAAGUGGAGGACUACGGCGGGUACCCGGACGAGCAGCGAGUCGAAAUAGUUCCCAGAGAUCUGAGGAUGAAAGAAAAAUUUUUAAAGCAUUUAACAGGUCCUCUCUACUUUAGUCCAAAAUGCAGUAAACAUUUUCAUCGGCUAUAUCACAAUACAAGAGACUGCACCAUCCCAGCAUACUAUAAAAGAUGUGCCAGGCUUCUUACUCGGUUGGCAGUAAGUCCAAUGUGCAUGGAAGGAUAAGAUGUUAUUACCAUAAAAGAAGAAACAUCAAGAACCAAGAAAAGUGCCUUGGAAACCAACAGGGAAAUAGAACUUAAUACCUUUAUAACAUAUUCCAUUGUGAACAAGAGAUUUAUUUUUGCAGAUUGACAGACUACUUCCCAUAAUUCUUUUAACAUGUGUUUUCUAUGUUGUCAACAGUGUGCAGAUUCUUUACAGUAGUAUAGUCACCAGUAGUACUUAAUGAUCCAUACUUAAACACACUCCACAUUUGAUGUGUACUGCUGCCAAAAACUACACAAACACACACCCUUUACCAAGAAAAUUAGUGUUUUAUUGCUUAAUUCUGAGACUUCAAGGAAUGUUUGUAUAUUCAGAACUCUUACAGAAUCUGCUUUACAGCAGUGGUUGUCACUUGAUCUCUUUCAUGCUUAUGCAAUUAAAGUUUGGUUAAAACAAACUUAUGUUGGGGUCACAUUGUACCCUGGGAGUACACAUUGCAUGAUAAAUACAAAAAGACAGUUCUGAGUAAACCCGGGUCCUUGGGACAGUGGAGCGUGGAUUUUGUAUACACAUACAAACUACCAUCAGUUUUCUUUACAAUACAUGUAUAAAACAUUCCAGCUAAUGUGCAAUAUGUAAAUACUGUAAAUAACAAACAUAAGUAAUAAAGUGUUUGGUAUUACAUUGCCCUCAA